ACCAUGGACGACGGAUCCUCCUCGACCCCCAGGAGCUCCUUCCCGAAGUUCCUGGAGCAUCUCUCCGGGGCCGGCAAGGCCAUCGGUGUGCUCACCAGCGGCGGGGAUGCCCAAGGUAUGAAUGCUGCUGUCCGGGCUGUGGUGCGCAUGGGAAUAUACACGGGGGCCAAAGUGUACUUUAUCUAUGAGGGUUACCAGGGCAUGGUAGAUGGAGGCUCCAACAUCGUGGAAGCAGACUGGGAGAGUGUCUCAAGCAUCCUGCAAGUGGGUGGGACAAUUAUUGGCAGUGCCCGCUGCAAAGCCUUUCGUACCCGGGAAGGUCGCUUGAAAGCUGCUCUCAACUUGGUCCAGCUGGGCAUUACCAACGUGUGUGUGAUCGGUGGGGACGGGAGCCUCACAGGGGCCAACAUCUUCCGGGAGGAGUGGAGUGGACUGCUGGAGGAGUUGGCCCAGAGUGGUAAGAUCACUGAAGAAGCCAUGAAGAAGCAUGGUUAUCUCAACGUGGUGGGCAUGGUGGGCUCCAUAGACAACGACUUCUGUGGCACAGAUAUGACCAUUGGCACAGACUCAGCUUUGCACAGAAUUAUCGAAGUUAUUGAUGCCAUCAUGACCACUGCCCAGAGCCACCAGAGGACCUUUGUCCUAGAGGUGAUGGGCAGACACUGUGGGUACUUGGCCCUGGUGAGUGCGUUGGCCUGUGGCGCAGACUGGGUUUUCCUCCCAGAGUCUCCACCGGAAGAAGGUUGGGAGGAGAACAUGUGCAUCAAACUCUCAGAGAACCGUGCCCGGAAAAAAAGGCUAAAUAUUAUCAUUGUGGCUGAAGGAGCAAUUGAUACCCAAAAUAAACCUAUUACCUCUGAAAAAAUCAAGGAGCUUGUGGUAACACAGCUGGGAUAUGACACUCGAGUGACCAUUCUUGGACAUGUGCAAAGAGGUGGGACCCCUUCCGCCUUUGACAGGAUUUUGGCUAGUCGCAUGGGGGUGGAGGCGGUCAUUGCCUUGCUAGAGGCCACCCCUGAGAUCCCUGCCUGUGUUGUGUCACUGAACGGAAACCACGCUGUGCGCCUGCCCCUGAUGGAGUGUGUGCAGAUGACCCAGGACGUACAAAAGGCAAUGGAUGGGGGAAGAUUUAAGGACGCCGUCAAACUUCGAGGGAGGAGCUUUGAAGGCAACUUGAAGACCUACAAGCGACUUGCCAUCAAGCUGCCUGAUGAUCAGAUCCCAAAGAGCAACUGCAACGUAGCUGUCAUCAACGUGGGGGCACCCGCUGCCGGCAUGAAUGCGGCCGUGCGCUCUGCUGUGCGAGUGGGCAUCGCUGAGGGCCACAAGAUGUUCGCCGUCUACGAUGGCUUUGACGGCUUCGCCAAAGGCCAUAUCAAAGAAAUCGGCUGGGCAGACGUUGGAGGUUGGACUGGCCAAGGAGGGUCCAUUCUUGGGACAAAACGUACCUUACCUGGAAAGUGCCUGGAGCAGAUCGCUGAACAGAUGCACGUCCAUAACAUCAAUGCCCUCUUGAUCAUUGGUGGAUUUGAGGCUGUCCACAGUGCGUUCAUGAUGGCUCAGGCCCGAGAGAGCCAUGAGGAGCUUUGCAUUCCUGUGUGCAUCCUGGCUGCUACUCUUAGCAACAGUGUCCCAGGCACAGACUUUAGUAUUGGUUGUGAUACUUCCCUGAAUGUGCUUGUUGAGACAUGUGACCGAAUCAAACAGUCCGCCAGUGGGACUAAGCGUCGUGUGUUCAUCAUCGAGACCAUGGGGGGCUACUGCGGAUACCUAGCCAACAUGGGGGGGCUCGCGGCUGGAGCCGACGCCGCCUACAUUUUUGAGGAGCCAUUUGACAUCAGAGAUCUGCAGUCCAAUGUGGAGCACCUGACAGAGAAAAUGAAGACCACCAUCCAACGAGGUCUUGUGCUCAGAAAUGAGAGCUGUAGUGAGAAUUACACCACCGACUUCAUUUACCAGCUUUAUUCAGAAGAAGGAAAGGGGGUAUUUGACUGCAGGAAGAACGUGCUGGGCCACAUGCAGCAGGGUGGAGCGCCUUCUCCUUUUGAUAGAAACUUUGGGACCAAGAUCUCUGCCCGAGCCAUGGAGUGGAUCACCGCCAAACUGAAGGGAUCCCAGGGCAAAGGAAAAAAAUUUAUUACUGAUGAUUCCAUUUGUCUGCUGGGAAUACGCAAAAGAAACUUGCUUUUUCAACCUGUAACAGAGCUGAAGAAGGAAACAGAUUUUGAGCACAGAAUCCCUAAGGAACAGUGGUGGCUGAAACUCCGGCCACUCAUGAAGAUCCUGGCCAAGUACAAAGCAAGCUACGACGUGUCUGACUCCGGCCAGCUGGAGCCCGUGCACCCGCGUGGCACUCAGGGGGAGCUUGCGGACAUCUGAACGCCACAUGCCACCACCGACAUGCAGACUCCCAUGGCUAGGGCGACCUGGGACUCACCGGGACCAUCCUUUGUAACAUUUAUUUAUCAGCACUUCAUGCGAGCAUUACUGACCGUAACACCUAUCAGAAGGCAUAGUCGCCAGUGUCAUUCCUCUGCCCCACACAGACCCCAGGACGUGAGGCCGCCCUCACACACUUGCUCCAGUGAGUUCUUUUCUGUGCCUUGUACCUUGUCUCAUGCUUUAAAAAUUUGUGUAUCUGGUGGAAUUAAAGAUUUGGCUAAAAUUCCAAUUG